ACAUAAAACUACUGAAUAAUAUCUCUCCAGUAAAGAGGAAUCGUCUGCUGUUUUCCUAAAAGGAAGACAUGCAGACUGCAGUUUUAAUCUGGAGGAAACAGACUACAGCAGUUAACAAGGCUUAGGAGAAGUGUUUCCAUCCGUAACAACAGAAUUACAGCCGCCGGCUACUUUAUAGGGGAGGUGUAUUGAAUUCAUCAGAAGUGGUGCGGAAGCAUCCAGAAAGAGCCUGAAGUCAUGUCCUCCAACAACAACUUUAACAGCAACUUGCUGUUCCAGUCCAUCACGGAUGAUCUGAACGCGUCACUGGCGACGGCGGAUGAGCUCUCUCGUGAGUUUAGUUCCCUCAUGCAGGAUAUCUCCUCUAACAGUAAUGGAAGCUCUACAGCACAGAGCUCCAGCUCAAAACCACAGGACAACAUCAGCUCCAUUCAGACUGGCACCAACACCAGUAGUGUUUCCACUGCCAGUAUCAGAGAUGCAGGUGGAAGUGGCAAGAAUAGAGGCACCAUGUCCUUCCCCCAAACCACACCGCCCAUCAGAGUUUCAGAGCCCAGCAUUCACUCAUCAGACUCUUUCUUUACCACUAGAGAAAAGCCCUCCCCAAACUCCCAGGUCUAUCAGUAUACCUCUACACAACCUCGAAACACUCGCACUGAGCCUGUCUACUCACACGGAACAUUGACGCCCCCAAAUCAGUCACCACAUACCCCACGCCGGUUAUCACCAAACCCAACCAGGUCACAUGAGCGGAACCUGAGUGGCUCAUUCAACUUUUCUGAACUCACACCUACCUUCAAAUAUGAGCAACCAUCUGUUCCUAGCAUGCUUCAAGUCUUAACCAAUCCGGUGGCAUCGAUUGACUCACCCACCAGUGGACGGAGAUCACCCAGGCUGGACAGAGUUCCUUCACCUGGACCUUUCAGCCAACCUAUGGCGAGCACGUUGCCACGCAGUUUCACUCCAUUUAAAACUACAGAUGACGGCGUACAACGGCAGAGCGGCUCUGGAAAAUGGAACGAGACAGACUUGGAUGUUUCUUAUGAAAGAAAACCACACCACACCUAUGACAAGAAUGAUUGGAUCAGACCAUCUUUCACCAGCAGCAACUGGAGAGAGUCCAAUCUGGACUCACCCGCUGUACCUCGAAAGGACACUUUGCCUCGUCAUCUCCCAUCGGCUGAUGGCUCGUUGCCCAGGAACACCCGUAUCUCUGUGCCACCUGAUCGUGCCCCACCAAACCAGUCACCUUUUAACCCUCAGCCAAUCAUCUCCCGCGUCUCCAUCCCGCCAGCAUCAUCCGGGCUCCGCGCACAUAAGCCCAUUCCUCUGUCUGUCAUCAUGAGGCUCCAGAACCCAUACUAUACAGCAGCCACCAGAUAUCCAUAUGAUGCAGAGGGCGAGCGAGAUCUCAGCAUGCAACGCCAGCCUGCACCUCUGCCCCUGCCCCGAGAUUUGCUUUACCACUUUCAACCCAUCCAAGAGCAGAGAUCUCCGGUUUAUUAUCCAGAAGCUCCCAAGCCAGGGUAUGUGGACCUUGUAAAAAUAAACUCCGUAAAUAAGCCAUCGGUGCCCCCAGAAACCCAAGCACCCUCAGUCGAGCCCAAAGUAGAGGAGAACACUGAUGAUUCGGAGAUGGAAUCGACUUCACGACCCCCAAGCCCUGCGAUCUUGCAGCGAGUCGUGGCCCCGGAAGCUCCCGUUGUCCCCGAUAUGGACAUGUUGCUCCAGAUCCGAGCUGAGAUCCCACGUGCCCUGAAGAAACGAGGCUCCGUCGACCAUUCACUGAGCCUGAAGAAGAAGUCUGUUAUUCAACCCAACCAGUACAAGCAGAUGAUUAAAAAAAUGUUCCACAGGAAUAGACCCCAAACAAAAAGUGAGACGGGCAGCGAGAGCAGCUCCUCCGACGGAGAGGAGAACACAACAUCAAUACCGUACUCACCUUCACCUGUCCCAAACACGGCUAUGCUACCCCAGCAGAAGGGUCUUCAAUCAAUUCUGCGUAAGCCUAAAGGAAGUAGUGGAAAAGGACAGCGCGCUCGUCUCAGUCCUCUGGUGCUGCUGCUGGACGGAUCUCUGGUUGGAGAGCUGGAUACGGUGCAGAGAGCCGUGCAGGAAAUGAGUGACCCGAGCCAGCCAAAUGAUGAGGGCAUCACCGCCCUUCAUAAUGCUAUCUGUGGUGGACACUAUGCUGUAGUGGAGUUCCUCGUAAGCAUCGGUGCCAACGUCAGUGCCCCAGACAGUCACGGCUGGACGCCCCUGCACUGUGCUGCCUCCUGUAACGACCGGUCCCUCUGUGAGUUUCUGGUGCAUAGCGGUGCAGCUGUGAUGGCUGUGACCGAGAGCGACGGAGCCACAGCAGCACAGAAAUGUGACCCUUAUGCUGUGGGUUACGAAGAGUGUGAGAGCUUCCUCAGAGGAGUGGAGGAGGCGAUGGGUGUGGAGAAAAGUGGCGUGGUGUACGCUCUUUGGAGUUACCCAGCACAGACACAUGAUGAGCUGAGCUUCAAGGAGGGAGACAUGGUGACCAUCCUGCAGAAACCAGAGGGAAUGGACUGGUGGUGGGCUUCUCUCUACGGGCGAGAGGGCUUAGUCCCAAAUAACUACUUUGGGCUUUUCCCAAAGGUGCGGCCAAAAUCACUGUGCUAGAUUUCCCUCUACAGGAACAACUCCCAUAAUACACCACAGAAUCACUACUAUACUCAAUGAUGUUUUUUUUUUUCCUCCUGUAGUUAUUGUAUUAUUGUAUUUUUUUGAUUAUGUAAAUUAUAACAAGGGCUUGGAAGUAGAGGUGUAUAAGUCACAUUAUAGACUUUAAAAAAAACUAGUAUCACAAUAUCUAAAUCUUAUGGCAGGUAAAAUAAAUAGGUAUUGUUAACGAUUCGGCUAGAUUUACUCCCAUACCUCCUGUAAAAUAUGUGAACAGGUCUGGGUAACGUUUUGGUAGAAUUUUGACAAUUUCCGCAAUAAGUUAUGAAACCUACAGGGCUUUCAUGUGUGUCAAUUAGAAGUGAAGCAUAUCUAACAUUUUAAAAUUUGGAUUAAAAUUUUGGAUAGGUUUAAAACCUAAUACACUUAUAUACGACAACAUCACUGACGGAUUUAGGAUUUGUAAGGAAAUGAGUUCUCACUUUGAUUAUCAAAUCCAUCUCCGCCAGCCACACCAGUGCUUCAUCACCUGAGGUAAAUUCACCUGAGGUCACCAUCUUUGACUCCUCACUUGGCUAAUCACUGUUCACACUAACAUCAGUAGGGAAAUGUUCACUGAUUAAUUCACUAUUUGUUUGUUCUGUUGGAUAAAAUUCUUGUUAUUGUCUUUGGUUAGUUUACAUUUACACAUUAAGCUUUUUCACCGCUGUUUUGAUGAUAAUGUGAUGACAGGAACAUUUGCAUUUUUUUUUUGACAGCCAGUAGCUUGUUACAAUAUUAAUGAAUGAAUUAGACGUCUAUCUAAUUCUCUAUGGCACAUACGUUUUCAAUAAAUUAGACAAAGCCUGAUAAUCCCUUUGUGUGGAGAUCACACUUAGCUUUGCAAGGUUUUAGCCACGGCAAGGUUUAAAAAAAAAUUGUCCACAUUGUUUUGGUUAAAGAAUAUAUAUAAAUGUUUUUAUUUUGUCUACUUUCUACUGUUUGUGUUUGAAGCCAGAAUUCAGCCACAGUAACAUGGUUUUCCCAGAUCACCACACACAAAUGUUUAAACGUGUUGAAAUGUGAAAUGUUCUUUAAAUAUGAUGGGCUGAGUCACUGACAAUGCUAGUUACCUGAAGUUUUGUGUUCAAAUCCCAUAUAUAACCUUUAGCUGCUAUCUUGGAUUAGAUCUUCUCCCAAGUGAAUGUAGAUGAUCAGUAUGAGAUCAAAGCAAAUUAAAUGCUUGUCAUUUUUCAGAUUGGCUAGGUAUUGAUUGAUUUAUCCUGUCAGUAUUGAGUCUGGCUUUGAGUAUUGUUUUGCUGGUAUUGAUUGAUUGUGUGUGUGUGUGUGUGUGUGUGUGUGUGUGUGUGUGUGUGUGUGUGUGUGUGUGUGUGUGUGAGAGAGAGAGAGAGAGAGAGAGAGAGAGAGAGAGAUUAAUCGUGUGGUUUCCUUUAUAUAAAUGCAUCAUAAUCUCAUUUCUAUAAAUUAGAGAUACACUGAGUUUCUAUUAGAUUCACUUCUCUCGUAACUGAUAAUCUGCAAUUUACUGUACAGGACUUUUCUAUGCUGUCUGUAAUUUUAGUCAUCAUGUAAUGUUGCUCACAUUAAUCUUGUACAGUAUUUUGUUUACAAUGCAUUUGUAAUGUCUCCAUUUAUACUUAGGAAUGAUUUACUAUCACCUUACAUGUUCAUUUUACCUCCAAGUGCUUGUUUGUAAAAAUGACCUUGGAAUCACUUUUCAAAUAAUUGUGUUCUGGUAAUUAAGUGUGAUAUUAAUAGAGUAUUUAAUGUGAUGUGUGUCUGUUUUAUUGCUGUGUGUGUGUGUGUGUGGAGCUGGCACAGGCUGUUACAUAAGAGUUAACCUGAUUGUAUUUUUGGUCAUACAGUAAAAAUAUUAAGUCUGUGUCUCAUUUCAUUUGUUAUAAACCACACACACACACAAAUAAUAUAUAUACAUACAGUGGUGUGAAAAAAAAUUUUUUUUUGCACAUUUGUCACACUUCAAUGUUUCAGAUCAUCAAACAAAUUUAAAUAUUAGUCAAAGAUAACAAGUAAACAUAAUGCAGUUUUUAAAUGAAGGUUUUUAUUAUUAAGGGAAAACAAAAUCUAAACCUACAAUGGCUCUGUGUGAAAAAGUACUUGCCCCCUAAAGCUAAUAACUGGUUAGGCCACACUUAGCAGUAAGAACUGUAAUCAAGCGUUUGCGAUAACUUGCAAUGAGUCUGUUACAGCACUGUGGAGGAAUUUUGGUCCACUCAUCUUUGCAGAAUUGUUGUAAAUCAGCCUCAUGAGAGGCCUUUCGAGCAUGAACCACUGUAUAUGUAUAUAGCCAAAUAUUUAGUCAUGUCAAAAGUGUUUAAUAAUAUGAAAUUUAAUGACAUAUAAGUA